AUGAUAUCUGUAUAUUCCUCUACACAAAAAAUAACAAUUGACGAAUCAAUGAUGUUGUGGAGGGGGUGAUUAGCAUUUAGACAGCAUAUGAAGGGGAAGCGUCAUAAAUACGGCCUAAAGUUCUACGCACUGGCUGACCAGCUCGGAGUUAUUAUGAAAUUACAUUUAUAUGGCGGUGCAUCUGAAAAUCUUGUAGGCGGCAAAAAUCACGUGCAAAAAGUAGUAGACCAUCUGCUUUUAAAUUUUAUAAAUGUAGGACACCAUUUAUUCAUAGACAACUUUUAUACAAGCGUAAGUUUAGUCGAAAAAUUAUAUGCUUACAAAACCUUUUGCACAGGCACGCUUCGAUAGAAGAGGAAAAAUAACCCAAGAGAAAUCGAAUUAGGUAAAUUAAAAACAGGAGAAUUAUGUAUUGUUCACAAGAAUAAUAUAUGUGUGUUAAAAUGGAAAGACCAUUAGGGUCAUAUCAAGUAAAUAUAAUGGAAAGAGCUAUGGCAGAUUUUUAGGUCAAGGUUUUAAAAGCGUCUAUAUAUGUCGGCUAUACCAAAAAUCAUAAAAUAUUUUUCAAUAAAUUAUCAAAAUAUCAAUACCAUUUCACAACUAGCUAGAUAAAAGAGUGAUAAUUAAAAAUAGCUAUUAUGAUACCUAUUUGAUUUUCUAUAGAACUCGCCAUUUGUUGUUGUCACAGUGUUGACAGCCUUAAAAAUGUUUUUUGUGUGUAUUACAAUACAUCAAUAUUAUUUUUCUUGAUUGAAGGAUUUAACAGAUUUUCAAUAUAAACAAGUCUAUUGUUUUUGCUUUUUAUAAAUUCAUAUUAGAUAGCUUUGCAAUGAAAUGCAGCCAUAAUAAAGCCUCCUUGACCGUUGAUGGACAGGAAGCUAGCUAAAAGGCUGCCAAUCAGAGCUGUCAAAAAAAAAAUGACAUUUCUUUUCAUUCUUUCCGAUUUGAGUUUUCAUUUCACACAUCUCACUCGCUUGCGCCCGCGUUUCGUUGUGUUCUGUGUAUUUUCGUAGCUUUCCCCGUCUUCUGUUUUUUUUUGACCCGGACUGCCCAAGGACUCUGAUUUUGCUUUUUUGAAUACGACUUGGAUUGUUAUUUUGGACUCUGAUAUUGCCUAUCUGUGACUUGUGCGUGCUUAUCCGGAUAUUGUUUGUGUACCUGCCUACCCGGCAUACAUACUUUCUGCCAAAAUGAGUAGACUUCGACGUGGCCGUGGCAGAUCCUUUGAAGAUACACGUAUUUUGUGUGUUAACUGCAACAUAUGUGUUAAUAGACUACGCCGUUAUCCGGCUUUAGACCUGAAUCCCCGAGUUACAGCUUUACUCGCAAGUUGGGUCUAUCCAAAAGAUAUGAAUGAGAAUGACUUCGUAUGUGAAGCAUGCAGAGAUCUUUUGAUAUUUGCAAUAAAUGAUAAUUUGCAACAAGAAGUUACCAGUGGUGAUGGAGAACAAGCUGGAUCUAGUCAGAGGGGCCACACUAAUGUGUGCCUUCUUUGCGGUUGUUCAAUUACACAAAGGCAAAGUGACAGGAUACUAAGAGACAAUCCUAAUGAACUCCAUCAAUCUAUGAUAGACAUAAUCAAGAACAAAGUAGCGCCACGGCAGGUAACAACUACCGAUAGAGUAUGUCAUGCAUGUUGGCUGAGAACUCAAAGAGAAGUACGUAGAAUGCAUCAUGUGGACAGUGAACAUGGACAACAAUCUGCAUCAGACAUUUCACAAGAUCGGGAGGAGUCUUCUGAUUUAAAUGAAAGAAGACCUGAGGGUGUGGAAGAUGAAACAAUCACACAAACGAUUUUAAUACCUGGAUAUAAAAGAGCUGCAAACAACAAUAAAAGGUGUGUUUUUCUCAAUUGCCCUCAAACAACACUGAGAAGCAUAUCAGAUAAUUUUCGUGCUCUUUUGAUUAAAGAUCAUAGGUUUUAUAUACCUAAAUUAGCUCGUAUAUGCGAUGAUCAUAUAAAUAGCAAUUUGUGGGGUACACUUUUCGAAGCUGAUAACUCCAUUGAAACAUUUAGUGCUGAUCAAAUAGCACAUGUUUUUUAAUUUGUCAAUUCUUUAAAUGUGACAAUAGAUUUUGAAAACCCAUUAGAAAUGGAUGAUCAGCUAUUUCGCUACUGGAUUGGGUAUACAAAGGAUCAAUUCCGUACACUAUUAGAAGAAAUGCCUCGAUUGAGUGAAAUUAGAAAAGGGACAGUGGGUUUAGCCAUACUGUUAAUUAAAAUGAGAACUGGAGACUCAGAUGAAAGAAUCUCUUUAUUAAUUGGAAUGCCAAGAAGAACAAUGGAGACAUUAAUGCAUAAAGUGCGUGAAAUUCUUGUACAAGACUUUGUUCCUUCCAAUUUAGGCAUCAAUCAUAUAUCAAGAGAACAGUUGCGUCAACACUCUCUAUCAAUCCCUGAAGGUUUAUAUGGGAAUGGAAGUAAUGCC